AUGGAGACUCGUGCUGCCUCCAAGAGAAAGGCAAACGCCCUAGUUGUGGUCGAAAAACUACACCCAAAAAGACAUAGGGUUGCGUUGGCUGAGCUCCCCAAUUUACCGAAUCUUGUUGUCCCUGGAACUCAAAAUCCACCCAAAGAGAAAUUGCAUUGUGGGAAGAAUUCCAAUGCGAAGCUAUCUGCCUCAAGCAACCUCCUUUCUUCCCCCCACAUUGAUGAAUCUUACGUCUCCGAUCUCUAUGAGUAUCUUCGUGAAAUGGAGAUGCAGAAAAAGAGGAGACCAAUAGUUGACUACAUUGAAAAAGUUCAGAAGGUAGUUACACCAACCAUGAGAGCAAUAUUGGUGGAUUGGUUAGUAGAAGUAGCUGAGGAGUACAAGCUUCUCCCGGACACUCUUCAUCUCUCUGUUUCAUACAUUGAUAGAUUUCUGUCUGUUAAUCCUGUGAGUAAAUUGAGACUUCAGUUGCUGGGUGUUUCCUCCAUGCUCAUUGCUUCCAAAUAUGAGGAAAUGGAUCCACCUGGUGUGGACGAGUUUUGUAGCAUAACUGAUAACACGUAUGACAAGGCAGAGGUUGUUAAGAUGGAAGCUGACAUACUCAAGUCCCUAAAGUUUGAAAUGGGAAAUCCUACUGUAAACACCUUUCUUGGGAGGUUUGCUGAUGUGGCUUCGGAUAACCGAAAGACGCCAAAUUCACAGAUUGAAUUUCUGGGCUGCUAUCUUGCUGAGCUAAGCUUGCUGGACUAUGAUUGUUUGAGGUUUUUGCCUUCUAUUGUGGCAGCGUCAGUUGUAUUUCUUGCCAGAUUUAUUAUCUCGCCUGAAGUGCAUCCAUGGACUUCUUCUUUGUGUGAAUGUUCGGGUUACAAACCAGCUGAAUUGAAAGAAUGUGUCCUUAUCUUGCAUGACCUGUAUUUGUUAAGAAAGGCAGCAUUCUUCAAAGUUGUUCGGGAUAAGUACAAGCAGCCAAAGAACAUCCCAAAUAUGUUUUAUCGAGAAGGGGUGAUUCGGACUAUAUGUACUAAACAAGUGUUUACCUUCGAAUCAAUGAUGAAACACCAUAGGAGGCUUGAAAGUGGAGUGGAAAGCUGA